AUGCCUCUAGGAAUACAUAAUCCGCUUCCCUCUUCUAUGAGGAGCGAAUGCAGAAAAGCUGGGAAAAUUCUCGCUUCUUUCGUUGAUCCCCGUCAAGCUUUUGGCCCAGAUAAAAUUAUUCCCCCUCAGAUAUUAGCAAACGCCAAGGGGCUUGCGGUCCUCACUGUGAUCAAAGCAGGCUUUCUAGGCUCAGCUCGAUUCGGCUCAGGUAUUGUCGUCGCUCGUUUGGCAGAUAAUUCGUGGUCAGCGCCGUCCGCAAUCGCAACGGCCGGGGCGGGAUUUGGUGGACAGAUCGGGCUUGAGUUGACAGAUUUUGUUUUCAUUCUAAAUGAUUAUAACGCCGUCAGGGCGUUCUCCCAGGCAGGCAGUAUUACAUUAGGAGGCAAUGUUUCUAUUGCGGCCGGACCCAUUGGGCGCAACGCUGAAGCUGCUGGAGCCGCGAGCACCAAGGGGGUCGCUGGAGUUUUUUCGUACUCCAAGACAAAAGGCCUCUUUGCGGGUGUAAGCCUGGAGGGAAGCGUACUAGUGGAGAGGAAGGAUGCCAAUGAACGACUUUAUAAUUCCAAAGUAUCUGCUCGCCAGCUACUUGAAGGAUCAAUCCGCCCACCCCCUGCGGCAGAACCACUAAUGCUUGUUCUUCAAUCACGUGCGUUCUCUGGUAACGCGGCUUUUGGGAACGAUUCAAUGUACAACGAUAUCCCCAUAUAUGACAACUCGCAUGACAGAGUUGUUUGGGAGGGGAAACGAGGUGAUGCGUUUGGAGAAGGUGUGCGACGAGACCGCACAGGAUCUUUAAAUUCGCGAGAUGACUACCAAUACCAUGAUCGACCAAGGCGUGCAAGCACAUGGGCUGACGAUGUUUACGACCAGCAACCGCCUAGCGGUGGCAUGCAUCGAUCCUACACUACACGAGCUAAUCCAAGGGAGACGUUCGAUAAUUACAACCGCGGUGGUGAAGAUGGUUAUAUGUACAGCGACAGAAGGCCGACACGUCCCACAGCUCCCAAACCAGUUUUCGGCUCAAAAGGGGAGGCUGCUUCAUUGCAAAAGGACCAAGUCGUGGCAUUGUUCACUUUUGAUGCUGACCAGGAAGGCGAUUUGGGAUUUAAAAAGGGUGAGAUCAUUACCAUUCUCAAAAGAACAGACAAGAAAGAGGACUGGUGGACUGGGCGCAUAGGUGAUAGAACCGGCAUUUUUCCUAGUAACUACGUUGACGCUUCAAAUCUCUAA